AUGAAAUAUGUCGAUCCCUACUACAGGAAUCAUUCAAGCACGGUACAAUUUGCGGGCAGCCACUUUGACAAGUUACGUAUCAAGAAACCUGAUGAAUUCGACAUGGAUAUAGUGAUCAGUUUACCCCUUAACCAUAAAGUAGACCCAUUCAAUCCCGCGAACAGUGAUAUAAACUUAGAGCCAAAGGGACCCGGAUUCGUACAACUUAAAAUGGGUGUACAGUAUGAAAAACUGAUUAAUAAAGCUGCAUAUGGAUGGAAAGACAGUUCCAAUUAUUUAUUGCGUUCAAAAUUUAUUGAAUGGUUUGAAAGUGUUGUGAACUUGGCAUUGAACCAAUACGAAGUAAAAAUCAACUAUCGGCCAGUAGUGUAUGUGGAAGGUGUUGCGUAUGUCAUUCACGUGUCCAAGUCUGGCCCUGCGAUGACGCUGCUGAUUCGUAACCACGAGAGAAACUUCAGUAUGGACGUUGAUCUUGUUCCAGCUUUGAAGUUCCCAGAAAGUCGUUGGCCAAUCUCUAAGACUUAUCGCCCCAUACCUACUAAAUGCAGCAAAGGGUAUUGGAUAGUCGUGCCAAAGCCUAAUAAAGGAUUUACAGUUGUGCAAGAUCAGUCGCGUGCUUGGCGUAUAGGACUUCACAAUCAAGAGAGAGAGUUAAUGUAUAACUCUUAUAAUUUAAAACAAACUAUACGGUUGAUGAAGAAAUUACGCGAUUCAUUAGAAAUGAAGAAAAUAACCAGUUACUACAUAAAGACCAUAUUUUUGUGGGAGAUUGUGGCAAUUAAUGACGAAGAAUACUGGCGCAAUAGUCCAGCGUUUUUAUUUAAACGAAUGGUUGGGAAACUGUACGAAGCUUUAAUGACGGGGAGUAUUCCUUAUUUUUGGAACAAGAACAACAAUCUUAUCGGUGGUGUUAAUAAGAAUAUUUUGAUGUCCUAUGCGAAUAAGUUGUUACCAUUGAUGAAAAUUUUAGAGGACCCUUCUCAGUAUAAAUUGGUAGCCAAAUAUUUGUUGACUUAUAACGAAUUUACUGACUACAAUAGGAGAUUUUUGCAUAUAUAA